UCAGUUUCCUAUCUUCUUUUUAAGUUUCACGUCUCUCUUCUUCUCUCUGCAAAAUAGAAACCGCUCCUCCUCUCUUUCUCUAAACAUAACUCCGCAGCCCUCCUUUCCUUGCACCGUUUCUGACCACCACAAUCCUAAACAGAAAAACUAUUACCACCACUAUUUUCCUCACUUUUUCCUCUUUCUUGAUCUAUAAAUUAAUUUUAGAUCAGAACAGUUCAAAAUUUCACAUCUCCACCUUCUCUUUUAUUUUCCGGCCGCCGUGGAUUUCAGAUGAGAAAAAUAAACUAAUAAAUCUUUUCCUCUUGAUAACAUCUACAAAACCCACAAAUAAAAUUCAUGAUCGGACAACCUUCUACCGAAAAACCACUGUACCGAAAUUUGCAUCACCGUGCCGGAUAUUAUAACGUGUUCUGCCGCCGCCGUUCUGUGUUUGAGGGUUGAAAGUGUGAACCAGACACGAGACUUUGUUAAGAGACAGAUUGUGCUCGCAUAACGUAAGUUGAACGUGUGGAAAGCUUGUUAAGGGCUUUGGUUGUCUCUUUUACAAAAAUGGCAGAGGAGUUAAUAUUGCUAGAUGAAUGGCUCAGUAUGUUUGGUAUGAGAGCAAGGAUAGCAUUGGCUGAAAAAGGGAUAGAGUAUGUGUACAAGGAAGAAGAUCUGGACAACAAGAGCCAAAUGCUUUUGCAAAUGAAUCCAAUUCACAAGAAGAUUCCAGUUCUUAUCCAUAAGGGAAAACCCGUUUGUGAGUCUAUAAACAUUGUUGAGUAUAUUGAUCAAGUUUGGAAUGAUAGUGUUCCAUUUCUACCCUCAGAUCCUUAUCAGAAAUCUCAAGCCAGAUUUUGGGCUGAUUUUAUCAACAAGAAGGUUGGUGAUGUUGGGGGGAGAAUAUGGCCUGGAAAGAGAGAUGAGAUUGAAGUGGCAAAAAAGGAGUUGAUUGAAGGGUUAAAGGAGUUGGAGAAUAUGCUUGGAAACAAACCUUAUUUUGGUGGUCACACAUUUGGGUUUGUUGACAUUGCUUUGAUCCCUUUUUACAGUUGGUUUCAUACUUAUGAGGAGUUAUGCAACUUUAAAGUUGAGGCAGAGUGUGAUAAGCUGAUUGCUUGGGCAAAGAGAUGCAAACAAAGGGAGAGUGUUUCCAAAUCUAUUGCUGAUGAAAAAGAUGUGUAUUAUUACGUUGCUAACUAUAGGAAGAGGUUUGACUUGGAUUGAGAAGACACUCUGGAAUCUGUGAGAAAUUUAACAUGUUAUUAGUCUUGUCUUUUUGAAUUGGAUUCUAAGAUAUUUGGUUUUUCCUGUUAGUGUUUGGUCUUGUCUUCUUGAUUUCCUUUAAAAUAUAUUUUGCUACUUUGUUGCUA